UUGGGUUCAAACAUUCAAACAGAGGAGAGGGUGACACGAGAGGGAGCGCAGAAUGCAGCUACUAGUCGCCUUCAUUUCUCGCUUCUAAUUUUGAGACACCCCAUUGGUUGAUUUAUUGUCUCGCGAGAGUAGCAGGACCUAUUGCAGCGUAGCAGCGCCAAGUCAAAUCGGUUGGCGUUUCCACAGAGAGGCAGGAGGAGACAGACGUGUGUUGCUGCAGAGUUGUCGCUGGUUCACUCUUCUCGUUUUGAGCAACACAUUACGGCAGCAGGAAACCAGAUUGUACCUCGGUGAGGCUUCAGAAUGGACUUUGCAGUCUCAAGACGGCACCACAACAAAGGAAACAAGGAAAAUGCUCAGCCAGCGCAUGGGAGCAAGUCCUUCAUCAAAAGUGGUACAACAGCCGCUGUUCCCUUUCAACUGAAAGGCAAUGAAAAAGAAGAUACUGUGGCAAAAAAUGGUGCCCUUAAGGCCAAGACCAAACGGGCAGAAACGAGGGUUACAUCUGGUGAGGCUCUGAAAAAGGUCAAGACUGUGCAGAGAGAUGGGAAAGGAGCUGUUGCUACAGAUGUCCAGCAGCGACAAACGCAUAGCCGGGGCUUCCUCACAGAAAAGGCUGUGAAAGACAAGAAAAUGGCUGCAGAAGCUCCGAAGCCACCAGCUGCAGUGCCAUCGGUGAAAUCUGCCCCCGGCAUGUACAAAGGCAAGAUUGUGCAGUCAAAGAUUGGAUCCAUUUGGAAGUCAAGUGCCACCCUGGGUGGGGCAGAUCCCAGACCAUCAGCUCCCAAAACAGAGAACCAGAGGGUUGGGCAUGUGACAAAAAUUAGGUCAAACUCUGUCGCUGACAUUCCUGGACAUGGCACACAAAAACCCACACAGACGAGGUCCAAGUCGGUGUUGGAUAGACCUGCUCAGAUGCCCAGGCCCGCUAUCGCUAGCCGUCCUCCUGCUGGAUUUUACUCUGCUCGCCCUCCUGCCAGAACCGUCCCUGUAACACUCACCAGUACCAGCACCAGAAACACUAAUGUGGCUUUCACUAAGAGAAGUGGGACCCAGAACUCCAAGCCAAAGAUCCCAUUGGCAGAGAAGAAGGUCAGCAAACCUCCUGUCACAAGCGCCGUCAGCCAGUACAGAUUUACCAUGGAGAGUGCUGAGGAAAGAAGAGCAAAACUGGCUGACUGGCUAGCUUCCAAGGGCAAAACUUUGAAGAAUCCAGCCAUGACCUCAGCAGCACCCCCAAAAACCAAAGUCUGUGCAAAACCUAAAGCUGACCUCAAACCACAGUGUCAGCCAGCUGCACAGUGCAAACCUGAACCUGAACCCAAACCAAGUAGGCAAGCACACAAGCCUGACUCUGCUGCUGCUGCUCUCUGUGCAGUUACACAGGGAGCAGAACUGACGACACAGGGCCAGACUCCAGAGAUCAUGAACACUACCCUGGACCUGCUCGAGAACUCUGAUGCAGCUCUGCCUGUUAUCCCACAGGAGGGAGUUGAAGAUAUUGUUGUGAAUCUGUGUGACGCUCUGGACGCCCUGGCAACUCCCUCAAGCUGUAACAAUGAACAUUCACAGGUGACAGAUGUGUGCAGUGAUGUUGAAUUGAUGGAUGGCAAGCCAAAGGAUGAAUGUGAAAAAGAGGAGCUGAAGAAUAAAAUGUCCGAGGAUGUCAGCGAAAGGCCAAAGGUUGAGCAAGUGAAGGAUGAAGUACAAGAAAAUGCUGAUCAGGGAGAGGAGAUGGAUGAUGAUGAUGAUGAUGAUGAAGCAGUAGAAAGUGAUGACGAGUGUGUGAUGGAGACCACACCAGAGAUGGAGGAUGCCUCAGUAGUGAAGUACAGUGUGAAGACCACACCAUUCCUGCAAAGUGUCAAGAAGACAAUCACAGAGGAUGUCAGCAGGAGCACAUCCAGGAGAAAGAGCAACAUCAAAGAUCUGAAGUUUCUGACACCAGUGCGCCGUUCCUGCCGCAUCGAGCGCAAAUCCUCCCGCCUACCCACGAUGCUCCUCGACCACGAUCCCUGUGUGUCAUCUCUGGCUGAGCUGGUGAAGCUGGAUGACAGUCCUAAUGCCUACAUCUGUAGAAAAAAUCCUGCUCUUAUGGAAGAUCUCCCAGACCAGCCAGGACUGUGAGGAGCACUGUUUGCUGUUUUUAAAACAAACAAAGAAAAAAAAAAAAUCUAAUGGACACUUUAUAUCAAAUGGUUUUACUAAUCUGAAUGUAUCACAGAAAAGACAUUAGUGUUCUAUCAUUUUUUUCUUUGCAGGGGAGAUUAAAUUUGUUUGGUUACUCUUUUCUGUUCUGAAUGUAUAUACUUUCCUCUAACACUCAUUUUAAUAUUAAGCCAAUUGCACGACAAUAAAAAAAUACUACCAUAUCUUAAAA